GAAGUCGAAAUUGAAGUCGGGUCGGGAAGUCGGGAAUAUAAUAUGUCACAAUAAUUGUUUGGAAGUUGAAGUAUUUUAAAAUCAAUUCGACUUUAUCGAGGAUUCAUUUAUUUUUCACAUGUUUGCCUCUCAUUGUUACUGGUAGUUUUGUUUAUACAUAUUCGUCAACAUAAUCAACUUUUGAAUAUACAAUAGGGGCCUAACCCAGAAGAGGUUAGAAUUCGUGUGUUUUUUGUGGUAGCCUAUCAUCAAGAUUUAUUGAAUAAUGGCUGGUAAAGCAUGUCGUCCAAUACAUAAGCUACUAAAACUUGGAAGAAAUACUAACCACAAGUGGGAAGGCUGCAACUUUUCAUCUAGCACACAUCAGUCUGGUGGACCUCCGGUGGGAAACAAUCAUGCUUUCCAGCAGGUUACCCUCAAUAAACCGCUACCCAACCUGCCUUUGGCAAAAUAUGCUUCCGCUAAAGAGGACAACCAGACCACACAAAUAACUACCUUGCCCUCUGGCCUUAGAGUUGCCUCGGAAAACAGAUUCGGACAAUUCUGCACAGUAGGAGUGGUUAUAGAUUCAGGUUCCCGAUAUGAAGUGGCUUUUCCUAGUGGAAUAUCACACUUCUUGGAAAAAUUGGCUUUUAAUUCCACUGAAGAAUUUAAAAACAAAGACCACAUAAUGCAGGCAUUGGAAAAGCAUGGAGGAAUUUGUGACUGCCAGUCUUCAAGAGAUACAUUUGUAUAUGCAGCUUCAGCCGAUGUAAGGGGGCUGGAAGCUGUCAUCAGAAUACUUGGAGAUGUUGUUUUUCGGCCUCAACUUAGUUUAGAAGAGAUUGAUAUAGCUCGACAGACCAUUAAAUUUGAACUGGAUACAUUGCUGACAAGACCAGAGCAAGAAACCCUAUUAAUGGACAUGAUCCAUGGUGCGGCGUAUCGUAGUAACACACUGGGUUUGCCGAAGAUCUGCCCAGAGAGCAGCCUUGAUAAGAUAGAUGCGAAUGUGCUGAUGACCUAUCUAAAAAGUCAUCACACACUGUCUCGUAUGGUGGUGGCGGGUGUCGGUGUUGACCAUCAGAUGCUGGUUGACCAUGUCAAUAGGUAUUUCGUGGAAAGGAAACCAACCUGGGAGGAAAAUAAAUCAAUAAAGCCCGUAAAAGUUGACAACUCCACUGCUCAAUACACUGGUGGUUUGGUUCAGGAAGAAUGUGAGGUGCCGCAGUACGCAGGGCCAUCAGGGCUACCAGAACUGGCACAUGUUGUGGUGGCACUCGAGGGCGUGUCACAUCAAGACCCAGAUUUCAUACCUGUCUGUGUGCUGAACAUGAUGAUGGGUGGUGGAGGAUCCUUUAGUGCAGGAGGUCCAGGCAAGGGCAUGUACACUAGGCUCUACACCAACGUCCUAAAUAGAUACCACUGGAUGUACAAUGCGACUGCCUACAACCACGCAUAUGCGGACACCGGCCUAUUCUGUAUACAUGCUAGUGCAACUCCGCCGCACGUACGAGACAUGGUCGACGUACUUACACGGGAGGUAGUGGCAAUGGCUGGUCCUACCGGAAACAAAGAACUCAGGAGAGCAAAGACCCAGCUGCAGUCGAUGUUGCUAAUGAACCUGGAGGCGAGGCCAGUUGUGUUUGAGGACAUAGCUCGCCAAGUGCUGGCGACAGGACAGAGGAAAAGGCCUGAGGUCUUCAUGGAGCUGAUAGAAAAUGUAACGAGUGAUGACAUCAGUAGAGUGGCUCAACGGAUGUUACGAUCACAGCCAGCUGUAGCAGCGAGAGGGAAGGUAGAGAAGUUGCCUGCACUAGCAGACAUCCAGGCGGCGCUGAAUAAAGAUGGACGCCUGUCAAACAACCGGUCGCGUCUUUCCCUGUUUAGAUAAACCCUACACACUCAACUUGGUCCCUGAAUACUUCUAGUCUGCCAAUUGUUACUGAAAAAAUCAACAAUUUUAAUCGUCCUGAUAAAAUAUUGUCUUUAUUUAAUCUAUAAAUUGUUAUUAGUAAGGGUAAUCUCAUUUUUUAUUGAUUGUUUCCAAAUCCAAUAAAGUAACAGUUAUUUCAA